AUGGAAUCAUUGUCUGCAAACAUCCAUUUCGUCACACUUAACCGCCGAACACUGUCCAGUGAACUCGACCUGUCUAGGCUUCUACCAUAUCUCUGUGUGCUGUUUGUAGCGCUGCAGGAAACGCGCAUCCUACGAAGACUUGUCAUCAGCAUCGAAAACAACACCACAUACUGCGAUCAUGCUGAUGAGAAGAAAGUGGUAAGGCUGCACGAUAUAUGUGAGGAACGACUACAACGACUUGAUGAAGGAAAUUAG